AUGGCCGGGAGCUCAGCGAGGCCGUGCCACUACGCGAUGCUGGGCGUGGCGCGCGACGCGUCCGCCGCCGACAUCCGCUCAGCCUACCGCCAGCUGGUCCUGAGGUGGCAUCCCGACAAGGUGCAGGUGCAGGGUGACGACCCUCGGGAGAAGGAGGAAGCCGCGGCGAGGUUUCGCCAAAUCCAUCAAGCCUACGAAGUUCUUUCGGACGCCUCCAGGAGGGCCGCGUACGACGCGGUGGCGUUCCGGCCCGUGCGUGAUCGGGCGAAGAACGCUUUCCCGUCGAGGUCGACGAUGAACGACGAGCUUACGAGGGACUUGGCGCGGAGCUUGGGGAAGAUGAAGGAGUUGGUGGAGAGGAUGAAGCAGGAGCCCAAACCCACCAGGGAGGAGCUUAUUGCCUUGAUGAAGGAGAUGCAGGACGCCGGCCCCACGGCCGCUGCCCGGAACGCCGUCCUCCGCGGGAGGCAGAGUGCGGCGUCCUCGCCGGCCUCGUCCUCGACCUCGACCUCGUGUCGCUAUUGCCCGUUCAGCCGCAAAGGCUAG